AUGAGUUUGGGUGGAAUAGUUCAUUUUGGGAUUGACAUGACCCUUGUGGCCAUCGUCUUGUCUGCGGUGAGAAGGAACACCGGUUACGUUUUUGCAUACGAGAACUACAGUUGGGCAAAGCUAAUCUACGGGUAUCUAGGAUUUGGGGAAUUCUGCUACAAAUGCAUCACAAAAUAUGUGACCGGCUCUAAUCUGUUUAGAAAGCAGCUUAAAGACCAGGAUCGUUUCAUGGACGACGUAGAGGAGGUCGAGGAUGACGUGGAGUUGCAUAAAAAAAGAAGAAGAAGCAGUCGAGUCAGCCGCGCAAUGUUUGCACGAAAUUGA